AUGCGGAGAUUGGAGGCAUUUAUAUGGGCUUUUGAACCCCAAUUGCAGUCUAUACAUCCUCCUCAUAGGCAGUGGACUUAUUAUGCCAUCAGCUUGCGGGCCUCCGCAAGAAAAUCUUGUCACUACCAAGAUAAAUACGACUGGAUUCCUUCCGGGACAACUGGUGCUUUGGAUAUUUACGAUUUUGAAGAUAUUCUGUGUCUACGCGAUCAGGUCAUUGAUAUAUCGGGAUAUCUCAAGAAUAGCCAUGUGAGUAUCUGCGGUAUUGCAUCUACGGUGAUAGAUCCUAGCCAUGCGAAGAAAACGGUGGAGUGGCGACAGCAUAAGGGGACACUUGAUGGGGAGCAAGUUGCAAAUUGGACAUCAAUUGCUGUAGGGAUUAUGUAUUUUGUCAGAGACGCUCCAGUGCAGUAUUUCAUUGACAUCAUAUCUAUCGCUCUGUUUGAGACAUGGCAGAAAGUUGAUGAUGGUCGAGACGCCGAGCGAGAAGAAGAAGAUGGCCCAAUAUUCGCCGAUGGGCUAUUUCCGAUCGACAAAGUGCUGAGACUGUUUUUGCCUGAUUAA